AUGAAAGAAGUAGUAAUAAUUGAUAUAAAGAGAGAUUCAUCACCAAUCCCUUUUGUUGAUGAAACUUGGAUUAAAAAUGAAGAAAUGUCAAUUCCAAAGUUUCGGUGUUUAGCAGAUUCUGAAAAUAACCAAAUUCGUAUCGAACAUAAAGUAAGAUUUGAUGUUACAUUUCAAAUUGAAGAUAAAGAUUAUUAUGAAGUUACAGCAAGUUUACCUGUCAUAAUUACUUCAUGUCCUAGUCCAAUUGGUACUAUGUUUGAUACACUUCCUACCUACAAUAGUUAUUAUUUUGAUAGAGAAAUCAACGAAGAUUU